AUGCAAGACAGGGCAAACACAAGGAAGCCUUUGGUUUCAAUCACCUAUGAUGACAGGAACAUCAAAACCAGCUACACUCCUUGGGGGGAAGAAGCUAAUAUUUCUGGAGAUAAACCAUCAAAGAAGCUGCUGACAUUUCCUUCAAUCAGUGAAACUCAUCAGCAAACAAAUAAGAGGUACCAACAAGAGAUAUAUAACUCUGGAUCAACUAGAAUGAAGUUCCUUUGCAACUUUGGUGGCAGAUUCCUACCAAGGCCAGUAGAUGGAAAGCUCCGGUAUGUUGGUGGUGAAAAGCAUCUGAUUCAGAUAAGUCAAAGAUUGUCAUGGCAAGAACUGAUCAGCAAGACAACCAAGCUCAUCAGGCAAGCUCACAUAGUCAAGUACCAUUUGCCAGGAGAGUGCGUGAAUGUGCUCAUCUCUGUUUCCUCCGAUGAUGAUGUUCAGCAUAUGAUUGAUGAGUGCAUUGUCCUAGAAGAAAGCAAAGAACGGCCAACUAUGUACCCCUAUUUACUGAUGAAGAUGAUGAGCAUCAUGUACAUUUUGUGGAGAUUAUCAAAACCAGUGCACAAAUGGCCGAGUUCUGAUGAAAGCAUGAUAAACACAAGAUGUAGCUCCCAAGAAGACAUCAUCCCUUAUUCUGAUACAGAUCAGCUCAACAAAAUUAGAAGCACUAAGUUACAAAACAGGACAGAGUGGCUCUGCCCCUACCCAGAUAUCUGGGUCAAAAAUGAAGCAGGAGCUCACAUUUUGUGGGAUGACACAUACAUCAGUGUGAUGAAUCCAUACAGCCAUGAGCAGGUACACGAAACCAGGGAAAAUAAACAAGCCCUUCCUGCAAAUGCAACAUUGGACAGAGACAUUAUAAGCAACGUACAGGUAAUAAGCAAUGAGGACCUCAAGAUCUGCAGGAGAUGGGCUCUGGUGCAUUUGGAACUGUCUUCCAUGGAAGAUGGAGAGGAACAGAUGUUGCCAUCAAACGGAUAA